AUGCCUGGAUCAAGCACGGCAUCAUCCAGCCCGAUUCCGUCCAGCCCCCCGCCGAGGAUGCGGGCAGGCACGAGACCAGGCGAAAGGCCAGAGGGACAAGGGACAAUCCAACCUGGAAGCUACAGCGGCCAUGAAGGAGGCAGCUCUAGGGCGAGAGCCUUCCCCAUUCGCGCCGGUUCAGAGCGUAAAAGACGGUUGACCAAUACCGGCGAGGAUGCGAGGCCACAAUGGGGACGAUCUGGGGGCACGGCUGGACCGGCCCGAGACAAUGGGGGAUCCUCUAGGAGUAUCCUGCCGCAUCGAUCUGUUUCAAUGGUAUUACCUUCGUCCCGCAGCAGGACUUCUAUUUCUGCAGCACCUGGCUCGUCAUUUGCAACAGCAAUUGAUAUCUCUUCCUCUCCCCCAGGGGCGCCUCGUGCUUCUACUUCUGGCGAACAACGACAGGGGAUUUCUCGACGGGAGAAUCCAACACCUUGGAUUAAUCAAGCCCGUUCCGUUACGCCUCUUCCCAAUGAUAUACCCCCACCACUUACGGACAUGACUCUCCCGAAAUGGCAGGCAGAUUCGGAUGUGUCAGAAUGUCCGAUCUGUGGGAUAGUCUUCAGCUUCUGGCACAGAAAGCACCACUGUCGAAAAUGUGGGAGGGUUGUAUGUGCAUCAUGUUCCCCACACCGGAUCACGAUUCCCAGACAAUAUAUUGUCCGUCCUCCUGACUUUAUUGACUUCCUCCCCGAUUCCCCAGCAAUGCCUUCCCACCCUCCACCGGUCGUCGAUCUCACAGGCGACGACCCUAUUCUAUCAUCACCACCAUCGGCAUCAGCAACAGGGACAGGGACAGUAACGACACUCAAUCCUGCUCUGGGUGGAGGCGAAGAAGUACGACUUUGCAAUCCAUGUGUGCCAGAUCCAAACCCGAAUCCCCUUGGUUACAGUACCGUGCGGGCACAUGGCCACCGGCCUACUCAUUCUCUUUCAUCUACUAUGGCCAACACAUACCAUGCCUCAUCAGUUAGUUCUCCCCUAUCACUUUACCCAAUACAUUAUGAAUUGACACGAAAUGCGCAGGGUGCAAGCCAGAACCAUGAAGCUCGUCAGGAACGCCGGACUGUGGGUGCAAAUGACCGGCCACAGUUCUUGAGCGAACUAAAUUCGCAACCCCGCCUAGUUCCCUCAGCCACCGGCAUAGGCCGACCACGCCGUUCAUUUUCCAGUCGCGAGGGCAACCCGCCCCGCGGACCUGCACCGGACGAGGGCGAUUUUUGCCCCGUAUGUAGACGUCAAUUUCUCCCACUUAGUCCCGAGCAGCCUCUUGAGGCGCGCCAAGCUCACACUCGGGCGUGCAUCGAGGGCUAUUUGAGACCGACCGCCUCGCCCCGGGCAUCAUCUGUGCAACAAGGACCUCCGCUGCCGCAUCCUCCACCGGCAGCCCGCAUGCUUCCAUUUGUGGCCACAGAGAAGGACUGCCUUGGCGAGGAUGGCCAGGCAGCGGAGUGCACGAUCUGUAUGGAGGACUACGAGGUUGGGCAGACCCUGGCCCGCCUUGAAUGCCUGUGCAAGUUCCACAAGCACUGCAUUGUUGAUUGGUUUGAGAGGAAGAUGGAGUGCCCUGUCCACAAGCUUUCAUAA